CGUUUCUAUGGAUAUUCUUCCUUAUACAGUCUCUCUGGUCUUCUUCUUCUUCGUUCGUUUCAGCGAAAUUCUAAGAUUCGCAUUUAAUCUAUGACACAUCUACACAAGGAAUUAGCUUUCAUCAUCAAGUGUCUCUCUCGAAUACUCUCCUUUGGUUUCGUUUGAUCUGGCAUGUUUCUUCUCCUCCUUCCUCAUUGCUGGUUCUCUUUAAUUCUCCGAAUUUUCCAUUUUUAUAUUUUCUCCGAUUGCCCCAUUUGAUUUCGGUCGGUAAUUUCGCUAAUGAUUUUGAUUGUUGGCUGAAUUUCCAAAUUCCUGUUGAUUUGCGACGUUGUUAAUGGAAUUUGAUCCUCUUUUUGGUUCGAGAUUCACUCGUUGAUUUGUUGAAUUGAGCUUUGGGGCGUAUUUAAUUCGCCAUCAUUUCUAUGGCUUUGUGUAUCUGCUGGAUUAGAUUGAUUUCCAUUGUGCUUGUUUCUGUAACAAAAAUGGUUGAAAAAAAAAGCAUUCACAAAUCACUUGUUAGAUGACCAAAAUUCCUCUACUUCCAAUUUCAAAAUUUAGAUUCUUUUGGAUAAGAAUAGGUUGCUACAUAUCAGUUGAAUGUUCAACAAUGGCGUUGAUGUGGUCUUUUUGUUUUUGUUCACAGCUCAUUUCACAGAUUCUAAGGUUUUAGUGUUCGCAUCUCUUGGCAGAGAAUAGAAGAAAAUUCAACUUCUUUUUUUUUAAAAGUGAGAUCUUUUGAUAACUGUGGAUGGGUGCCCCAAAGCAGAAGUGGACACCGGAAGAAGAAGCAGCUCUUAAAGCUGGAGUUCUUAAGCAUGGCACUGGGAAGUGGCGUACCAUACUCUCCGAUACUGAGUUUAGCUUAAUCCUUAAGUCUCGCUCAAAUGUUGAUCUUAAGGACAAAUGGAGAAACAUAAGCGUGACAGCUUUAUGGGGUUCAAGGAAGAAGGCUAAACUUGCGCUUAAAAUGACUCCGCCGGCUACUAUACAGGAUGAUAACAACACAGCUCUUAGCAUUGUGGCUUUGGCUAAUGACGAUGAACGGGCAAAACCAACUUCCCCUGGAGGUUCUUGUGCUUCAAAGAGAUCAAUUACAAGUUUGGAUAAGAUCAUCUUGGAGGCAAUUACUAACUUGAAGGAACUGCGCGGUUCUGACAGAACAUCGAUCUUUCUGUAUAUAGAGGAGAAUUUCAAGACUCCACCGAAUAUGAAAAGACAUGUCGCAGUACGAUUAAAGCAUUUAUCAUCGAAUGGAACAUUAGUUAAGAUAAAGCACAAGUACAGGUUUUCUUCUAAUUUUAUCCCCGUAGGAGCAAGACAGAUGUCUCCUCAACUCUUUCUGGAAGGAAACAACAAGAAAGACCCACCAAAACCCGAGGAGAACGGCGCCAAAAGCCUCACUAAGUCCCGAGUAGACGGUGAGUUAUUUAUGAUAAAAGGCAUGACAGCUCAAAAAGCUGCAGAGGCUGCAGCAAGAGCAGUAGCAGAGGCAGAAUUUGCUAUCACAGAGGCUGAAGAAGCAGCAAAAGAGGCAGAAAGAGCAGAAGCAGAAGCUGAAGCUGCUCAGAUAUUUGCAAAGGCAGCAAUGAAAGCUUUGAAGUUCAGGAUCCGUAAUCAUCCUUGGUGAAACAGAAAUAAAUAGCCAUCAUGGGGAAGUUUUGUAACAAAGUAAGCCAUAUAUACUUAGUAGUUUUACUGGUUUCUUAAGAGUUCCGGUCUUGAAUCAGGCGAUAUCUCAUCACCUGCAGAGUCUUAAAAAGUUUCCAAACCUUUAUGCUCUCUUUUUUUGGUUAGUAACAGUGUAAAUCCACAGUUUGAUCAUAUGUAUGUUCUUUAUCCAAGUCUGAGAUUCUGUAUAACUGAUCUUUUAAUGUAUGUGGCUGAUCUGUUUAGUAACCUUGGAAUUGGUUUGAAGAGA